AUAAAGUGCUAGCCAAAUUUGACUCGCUUGUUUCUAUGUCCUCUUUAUUUGUACAAUAAACACGUAAUUGGUUUGGUAUAUGGCUGAUAGUUGGUAGAACUACUCUUCUAAUUGAGAUUUUCCCAGAUCUUUGCUCUCUUGGGUUUUGCUUAUUCUUCCUCAAUUUCAUUCCUUGUAUCAAUCACAGAAGAAAUACUUCAGGAAAAAAUAUGGCUGCACCCCCCAAGCCUACAAGAAUAGGCCUUGCUGGUCUAGCCGUCAUGGGCCAAAAUUUGGCUCUCAACAUUGCUGAGAAAGGCUUCCCUAUUUCCGUAUACAAUCGAACUACCUCCAAAGUUGAUGAGACUGUUGAACGCGCUAAAAAGGAAGGGAAUCUUCCUGUAUUUGGUUUCCAUGAUCCUGAAUCUUUUGUAAACUCAGUUCAGAAGCCUCGUGUCAUAAUUAUGCUUGUUAAGGCUGGGGCACCAGUGGACCAAACCAUAAAGACCCUCUCUGCUUACAUGGAGAAAGGUGAUUGUAUAAUUGAUGGUGGUAAUGAGUGGUAUGAGAACACUGAGAGGAGAGAGAAAGCUGCAGCUGAAUUGGGUUUGCUCUAUCUUGGAAUGGGAGUUUCAGGUGGUGAGGAGGGUGCUCGUAAUGGACCCUCUUUGAUGCCUGGAGGGUCUUUCGAGGCUUACAAGCAUAUCGAAGACAUUCUUCUCAAGGUGGCUGCUCAAGUUCCUGACAGUGGCCCCUGUGUGACUUACAUUGGAAAAGGUGGAUCUGGAAAUUUUGUAAAGAUGAUUCAUAAUGGAAUUGAAUAUGGUGAUAUGCAGCUGAUUGCAGAGGCAUAUGAUGUAUUGAAAUCAGUUGGAAAGUUGUCAAAUGAGGAACUACAAAGUGUUUUCUCAGAAUGGAACAAGGGCGAACUGCUGAGCUUCUUGAUUGAAAUAACUGCAGAUAUAUUUGGAAUUAAGGACGAUAAGGGUGAGGGAUAUUUAGUUGACAAGGUUCUGGAUAAAACCGGCAUGAAGGGUACUGGUAAAUGGACUGUACAGCAAGCUGCUGAACUAUCAGUUGCAGCUCCCACAAUUGAAUCUUCUUUGGAUGCAAGGUUCCUCAGUGGGUUAAAGGAGGAAAGGGUCAAAGCUGCUGAAGUCUUCAAAUCAGGUGGCUUUGGUGAUAUCUUGACCGACCAAGUAGUGGACAAGAAGAAGUUGAUCAAUGAUGUGAGGCAAGCUCUCUAUGCAUCCAAGAUAUGUAGUUAUGCACAGGGGAUGAAUCUGAUCCGUGCAAAGAGUAUUGAGAAGGGAUGGGGCUUGGAGUUGGGGGAAUUGGCUAGGAUUUGGAAGGGAGGGUGCAUCAUCAGAGCCAUAUUCCUUGAUAGAAUUAAGAAGGCAUAUGAUAGGAACUCUGACCUUGCAAGCCUUCUUGUGGAUCCAGAGUUCGCUAAGGAAAUCAUCGAGCGACAGUCUGCCUGGCGAAGAGUUGUAUGCCUUGCUAUCAACUCUGGUAUUAGCACCCCGGGCAUGUCUGCCAGUCUUGCUUAUUUUGACACUUACAGAAGGGCAAGAUUGCCAGCUAAUCUGGUCCAAGCUCAGCGAGACUAUUUUGGUGCUCAUACAUAUGAAAGGACUGAUGUGGAGGGAUCCUUCCAUACUGAAUGGUUCAAGCUUGCCAAAAUGUAAGAUUUUAGUUUUGGCGGUAUCCACUUGAAUGGAACUCAUAAUAGACCUAAUAAAUUUCUGCCCAUGACUACUUUGGGCAGAGCUGACACUACCUCUACUUGGUGAAAUUUAUCACAAGUAUUCUGUUUAAUUGCUUGAAGUUUGUUUAUGUAUUUUUGUCCUGGUUGUGUUUUGGCAGGUCCUGCUACUUUUCUUAUUGUUUUCUAUUGAAUUGAUCCAUUCAAUGGCCCCUUUUUUUUAGUGAAGAUGUCUUUUGGAGUGGGGUACAGUACUGAUUUGUGUUAGAAUGUAUGAUCAUGAAAUGCCAUAAAGAGCCUUAUCUA